AUGGCUGAAACUAUCGACGAGGAGAAUCCUACUGAGACGAAAUGCGUCUACGCUGGUACGGGAAACUGUUCUCGAGAAAAAAAUCCGUGCCAUCGAGGAGAGUGUCUAUCGUGCAAGCAUUCGGAGCGUGGUGACGUAUUGCAGUUGUGUAAUGACAACGAGAUGAAAGAUGGAUUCAGGUGUAUAUGUGAACCAGGAUUCAAGCCACCAUACUGCGAAGCAGUUGCCGAUGCAUGCUCCAAUCACCUAUGUGCCAAUGGAGCUUCAUGUAUUGCAAAGACGCCCUUCAACUACGAGUAUGUGAUUUGUUCCAUGAGGGGGUCCGCAUGGGUGGAACAUCGGUGA